CUUUCGCCAUAGUAGGAGUGAUAAUUUCUCGUUCUGGAAAGAAGAAACUGCCCACCGCUGCAGAAACCAAGUCCAAAGCAGAUUGAAUCUGCUGGGGCGUCAGUGGACAGAAGCACCGUGUCCCCCACAAAGAGUUUCUAACAGUUUAAUUGGGUAACUAUGGCAGACCGUUCCAACUGUUUUUACUGCCGAGAGGACCUCGGAGGAAAGAAGUUUGUGAGGAAGGAUGAGAAGCAAGUCUGCGUGCGAUGCUUCGACAAGUUCUGCGCCAACACCUGCACAGACUGUCGACGCCCAAUCAGCACUGACUCUAAGGAGCUUCACCAUAAGGGGCGGUACUGGCAUUCGGAUUGUUUCCGAUGUGCCAAGUGCUAUAAGAACCUGGCUAAGGAGUCCUUCAGCACCAAGGAUGACAGGAUCCUGUGUGAAAAGUGUAGCUCACGUGAGGACGCCCCUCGCUGCCAUGGCUGCUACAAGCCCAUACUGGCAGGGACUGAGAAUGUGGAAUACAAAGGCAACUCUUGGCAUGAUGAGUGUUUCACCUGCUAUCAGUGUAAAAAGCCAAUCGGCUCCAAAAGUUUCCUUUCAAAGAAUGACAACAUCUACUGCAGCCCUUGCCACGAGAAGAAAUUUGCCAAGCAGUGUGCUUGCUGCAAAAAGCCCAUUACCACAGGAGGUGUGAAUUACCAGGACCAGCCGUGGCACUCUGAGUGCUUUGUGUGUUCCUCCUGCCGAAAGCCUCUGGCUGGCACCCAGUUCACCUCCCACGAGGAAAAUGUCUUUUGUGUGGACUGCUACAAAAGUACUGUGGCCAAAAAAUGCACCGGCUGCCAUGACCCCAUAACAGGAUUUGGCAAGGCUAUGAACGUAGUGAACUAUGAGGGUGGCUCUUGGCAUGAGUACUGUUUUAACUGUAAGAAGUGUUCCCUCAACCUGGCAAACAAGCGUUUUGUAUCUCACAAUGGAGACAUUUACUGCUCUGACUGCUCCAAGAAACUGUAAGGCAGAUGAGUGAGAUUACUUUAGAAAAAUAUCAACAUUAAUUCAAAUUUAUACUAAAAUCCCACAUAAAUAUCUUGAAGUAUUGACUAAGGCUUCUGUUAUGAUGGUUCUGGCUUCUUUACGAGGGGAGUUUGAUAUUUCCUGUUAAGAAUGUUAAGUUUGCUUCGAGGCUUUGAAGGGAAAACUUUAUCCUCUCUCUUUCCAAAGGAAAGAUUGGAAGAUAGAUAGGUGAGGAAGAUGGAAUCAUAAAGUGAAGUCUGUUCUUUGGAAUUUCCUGGUGUUGUUGUUUCAGAGAUAUUACUGGUGCAUCUGUGUUUCAAAAUUUCAUUGUGUCUUUUUGCUGAUGAGUUUUAAACCUGUAACAGCUUGUAAUCAUGGCAGCUGUACAUUUUCAAUAACCUGCUACUAAUUUUACAUCUUGCAUCAUAUUUGUGUUAUAUGAUUUGGUAUGAAAAACAUAUGCUGAAAAAAAAACCUGAUUCUGUUAUCUAAAAUGUGAUUUUGUUUGUCCUCUUUAGUAAAUCACACAUGCUUACAUUCAUGUUAAAACUGUCGUUUUAGUUACCUUUGUAUGAUUUAAAAGAAAGAAUGCAAUAAAUAAAACAUUCUGAGAA